AUGUCUUUUGUUGACCUUCUCUUUCCCCAGAAAGAGCUGGAGGCUCUAGGAAACAAGUGGCACGAACCAGCUCCCAAGAGGAGAAGGCUGGAUGCGGGGAGCUUUGGGAAUGUCCAGGUCAAGAGGGAGUCUUUGGGAGGCCAGCGUAAACAAUGCAGUGAGCCAACCCUAGAACAACGCCGUCAUCGGCUUUCGACACCGGCACCAAUCCAAUAUGGACGACCGUCAGCGUCGUUUGAGCGGAUGAAUGUGCGUGGCACCAAGAGGUCCAACUCGGAAUCUCAACCAGUCAGCUGUACUCCAAACAUGCAGAAACAGACGACGAAGACCAAGUCCUGCGUACCGAGCUUCAUCGAGCCGUCCAUCAUGAGGAACUACCUUCAACAUCUCCAUCCCAAGGAUCGCCAUCGCUACACUGCAGUCAAUGAACCAAAGCCAGGAUCGAAACCGAGAGAGAGCAACCUCCGCAUGUCACCGCCCAGUUUGAUUGAGGACUCUCCGCCUUCUCCAGCAUCUCUCAUUGCCGAUACGUCGUCGUCUCCUGCUUCCAGCGACAGUUGCCCUACCCCUGCGGCUGUUUGCGAGCAGUUCCGCUCCGGGCCAUUUGGGCACAUCUUUGAUGGGAUGCGCCUGACCGACAAUGAGCGAGAUCUGAUGGAAGAUCUCCUGAAUCCAUCUACCACGCUUGCCGAGGACCAGCCGCACGGCCAGACGCUUAGCCAGACGGGCCCGAAACUCGAACUUGCACCCGAAGACUACUUGGAGAUUGACGAGGCAUUGCUACAAAAUAUAUUUCAUCCGUUCGGAAAGCAUAUAAACCAGCCGUUUGACUUUGCAGUCAACAAGUCUACCAACGUUGAUGAAGAGAAUGAUGUGCAUUCGUCAGGUCUGAGCCCGGCAGCUGAGGAGGUGGCAGAGGCAGUGGAAGACAACCCUACAAGCCACAGGGGGAUCGUGGUGUACGACUACAAUGCCCUCAGCGUUGACGACUUCUUCGAUUUGGAUGAGGCAUCCUCGAGCUAG